GAUGAAAAAGUAACCUUAUUGCUUGAGUAAUCGAGUUUAAAUCUGGAUGACUGAAAUCUACAGUUAAUCGCCACCUUUCAGCCUUUCGAUUGGAAACUUGACCGUGUUCUACAGAGGUGUUUAUUUCAUUACGUACUUGGUUUUGUACAAGAAAUCAUAAUGCCUCUGUUCGGCAAAUCUCAGAAAAGUCCUACUGAAGUAGUUAGAGCAUUGAAAGAUGCUUUAAUUGCUCUAGAACGCGGAGAUAAAAAAUCUGAUAAGGCUCAAGAAGAUGUCAGCAAAAAUUUAUUACUUAUUAAAAAUAUGCUUUAUGGGAAUUCAGAAUGCGAACCGCAAACAGAUAUUGUCGUAGCACAAGUUGCUCAAGAAUUUUACAAUAACAAUUUGCUGUAUUCGUUGAUCUGUAAUUUGAGCAAAAUUGAUUUCGAAGGCAAAAAAGACGUAGCUCAAGUUUUCAACAACAUCUUGAGAAGACAAAUUGGAACCCGGUCACCGACGGUCGAAUAUAUUUGCACUAAACCGGAGAUUUUAUUUACUUUAAUGUGUGGAUACGAAUUACAAGAGAUAGCUUUGAAUUGUGGUUCUAUGUUGAGAGAAUGCGCACGAUACGAAGCCUUAGCUAAGAUAAUGCUUAACUCGGAAGACUUCUUCAAUUUUUUUAGAUACGUUGAAGUUUCUACUUUUGAUAUUGCUUCCGAUGCAUUUUCCACCUUCAAAGAACUACUCACGAGACAUAAAAUCAUUUGCGCUGAAUUUCUCGAACAAAACUACGAAAAAGUUUUCAAACAUUAUCAACGAUUAUUGAAUUCGGAAAAUUAUGUGACCCGACGACAAAGUCUGAAGUUAUUGGGAGAGCUUUUACUGGAUAGACAUAAUUUUACGGUUAUGACACGGUACAUAUCAAACCCAGACAAUUUGAAAUUGAUGAUGAACAUGCUGAAGGAGAAAUCACGAAAUAUUCAGUUCGAAGCAUUUCACGUAUUCAAAGUAUUUGUCGCGAAUCCAAACAAACCUAAACCAAUUCUAGAUAUAUUAUUGAGGAACCAAGAAAAAUUAGUAGACUUUUUAUCACGUUUCCACACCGAUAGAUCAGAAGACGAACAAUUCAACGACGAAAAAGCAUAUUUAAUUAAACAGAUCAAAGAAUUGAAACCAAUGCAGUCUUCCAGUUCGACAGGCGGAGCAAGUUCGUCUACAUCGUAUUCGUCAACGACCACGUAUUUUAGCGCCAAUACAUCUUCGAAAUCGACUUUCGUUACAAGUAAUACCACCUCGACUACAGUAUCGGAUUCGGCCGAUGUGACCAGCAGUACUGGAAAUGUCGGUACGAGUAACGCUGUUGGUUCCAAAAGCCAUGGUGCUGUAACUUCAACUAGCUUUAAUGAUACUCCAUCCACUAGUAUUAACGCUUCAUACACGUCCAGUACUACGUUAAACGCUUCUAGUAGUGGUAAUGUACCAUCUAGCUCUAGUAUUACCAACAUUAUUCCUUCUUCUGUGCAUUCAUCUUCAGUAUCAUCUAACGCUUACAAUACAAAUAUUUCUACUUCUAAUACAUCCUAUAGAAAUGUCGAUAACAUAAGUGAUAAACCUGUUUUAUUCGAUUGAUUGAAACAAUCCUGGCGGCGUGUUAAUUUAUGAAUUAUACAUUUUUUACGAUAAUUUAAAUGUUUUUAGUUACUUUUUUCCUGAUAUUAUUUAUUCCACACUAAGUUUUAAUUUUUUGUUUUUUUCAUGCGGAUUUUUCAAUUACUGAAAAAUUUAAUCAACGUUCAAUCAAUCCAAUAAAAGUAUUAAUGUAAACGUAUUUUCGCAUAAUUUAUCGAAUUACCCUAGAUUAUUCCGGCUCGAAUGUGUUUUACAAUCUUGAAAAAUUCACAUAAAAUCGAGGCCUUUGCUACAAUUUGAAGUUAACAUCACUUAUACCGACUCGACCUGCGCUUCAUACUUAGGCCUACGUGUAAAUCUGCAACUGUACUGCAUAAUUUAAUUCAAAACCAAACACCAACAUUCCGUUUUGAUGAUGUUAUUUAAACCGAGGAUGCGUUUGAUAUUUAGGUAAUAGAAAUACGAACGCAGUAAAAUUAUUCCAACUUGUAUGAAACAUACGAUUUAAAUUAAACCAGUUAUCAGUAUCAGAUGUAGAAUAUCAAAUAAAGUACAUUGAAAUUUA